UUAUUUUUAUGCAAGAACCACACACAUCGUUGGUGUUGUGACGGAUAAGGUUGGUGUGUGGAGACAACAACAACAACAACAACCGGCGUGGUUGCCGUGGGAGAAAAAUCAGCCAACACAACGGCGCUCACUAAUCCAAAAAAACAAAACACUUUCAUGUGAUGAGUUGAGUUGAACAUCUGAACACACUAAAGUGAGAAAUGCGAAUCAGUUUUCAACAAUGCCUCUAAACAUCGCAAUCACUCUCCCCAUCUUUUCCCCACCCCUCGACACCAAUCCAAACCCCUCGCGUUCAUCCACACAACUCAAAUUCUCCCAUUCCAAUUCGGACCGGCCCACCACAAAGCCCAAACUCGAUCCGCAAUCUCACCCAGCGCUUAAGUUUUCCAAUAUACCAAAACAAACAUCGAAACCGGUAAGUAAAGCCUCCGAAAAUGUGAAGAUUAGCGACGACGGACUCUCCUACGUAAUCGAGGGUGCUCCGUUUGAAUUCAAAUACAGUUACACCGAAACCCCCAAAGCUAAACCUCUUAAAUUGCGUGAACCGGGUUUUCUUCCGUUUGGACCGGUCACUAUGCCGAGACCUUGGACCGGACGUCCCCCACUUCCUCCGAGUAAGAAGAAGUUGAAGGAGUUUGAUUCUUUUGUUCUUCCUCCGCCGCAUAAGAAAGGGGUUAAACCGGUUCAGUCGCCCGGUCCAUAUUUGCCUGGGACUAGUCCUAAGUAUGUACGGUCCAGAGAAGAAGUAUUGGGUGAACCGUUGACCAAAGAGGAGAUCAAAGUGUUGGUUCAAAGCUGCUUGAAAUCUAGCCGUCAACUCAAUAUGGGUAGAGAUGGUUUCACGCAUAACAUGUUGGAUAAUAUACAUGCUCAUUGGAAGCGGAGAAGGGUGUGCAAGAUCAAGUGUUUGGGAGUGUGUACUGUUGACAUGGAUAAUGUGUGCCAUCAGUUGGAGGAAAAGACAGGAGGGAAAGUUAUUUACAGAAGGGGUGGUGUUCUUUACCUUUUCCGAGGGAGAAAUUAUAAUUAUAAAACACGUCCGCUUUUUCCUCUCAUGUUGUGGAAACCUGUGCCUCCAGUUUAUCCUAAGCUGAUUCAACGAGUUCCAGAAGGUCUAACGCUAGAAGAAGCGACUGAAAUGCGUCAAAAGGGAAGGACAUUGACUCCCAUAUGCAAGAUAGGAAAAAAUGGUGUUUAUUUUAACCUCGUAAAAAAUGUCAGAGAGGCAUUUGAAGAGUGUGAACUAGUACGAAUAAACUGUCAAGGGCUAAAUAAAAGUGACUAUCGAAAGAUUGGAGCAAAACUAAGGGAUCUUGUUCCAUGUACAUUGCUUUCGUACGAAAAUGAGCAUAUACUUAUGUGGAGGGGGCGAAAUUGGAAGCCCUCUUUACCAGAUCUCAGAGAUGAUCGGAAGGAAGCCAAUAAAGUCGAUCCUGACAACAAAAAUUACAAAGCACUGCCCUCAGAAGCCCUAGAUGUCUCAGCACCAAAUCUACAUAAUAAUCCUGCAGAGCUUGUCAGCAAUUUAUCACAUGACACAAGUAUUUCCUUUUGUCUAGAUGAUGUGACAGUGGAUAAGGUUGAGGUUCCAUGUCCCACAAAAAAUAGCAAGCGAUCUAUGUCUGUGAUUGCUGAUGCUGAAAUCACAAAUGUUGCCACAGAUUCAUAUGGUGAGCCAGAACCUUGCAGGAGCACCAGCCCAGGUACAAACAUAUCACAUGAUGGUGGCCACAUCACAUGCCCCUCGAAUGCUAUGAGUGAUAACCAUGAAAUGUUGGAUAUAAAUAUAAUGGACGACAAAAGUUUCAGUGACCGUCUUUCUACUUCAAUUUCAGGGUCAGAUGCAAUGCUAGGAUCCAGUGACAGUAAUAUUUAUGGCAUGGUGGAUCCUCGCGCUGAUGAGCUGCUAGAUGAUUCAGGAGCGACUGAUGUCAGUCCGUUAUCAAGGUCAGCUGUCCCUUGUAUGAAAGAAAUUUCGUUACUAUUGGAGCAAGCUGUUGAGCAAGGCAGUGCACUUGUUUUAGAUAAAGAUUCGUUGGAUGCAGACAAUAUUUAUCAAACCACAGUCUCCUUCGCCAAAUCAGCUCCACUGGGACCUGUUUUUAUGAAACAUAGAAAGGUUGUGGUUCAAAAAAGGGUUAAGCAAGAAGCUCCGACCUCGGAGAUAAGUGACAAGCAAGAAGCUCGUACUUUGAAAACAAGAGAAACUACUGCUGUUACCACGAAAGGUAAAAGAGAGAACAGUCCUAUUAGAAGAAGAGAAAAUUUUGAUGAGCGAUUUCAGAAUGUUGUACCACAAGGAACAUUAGGAGUUGAUGAACUUGCUAAACUACUAACAUGAUACUGGCUGGAAUUAUGAAGCCAUUAGAGUACAUUUGUUUCUCAUCUGAAUCUUACAUGGUGCCUUUGGGAUAAUAGUAAAAUAUGAAGUUUUAUUCUGUUUUCUCUGCACUUUGCACUACUUCUAUUUUUUGUAUUAUUCAUAUAUUAUCUUAAUACUAAUAUUCUAGGAUGUCAAUAUUUAACUUUCUAA